AUGGAGGCCAUUCGCGCCUCGUCCUCCCUCGCCGCCCGUCAUCCCCUCUGCUACACGCCGCGGCCGCUUCUGCCGUCGUCGCACCGCGUCGCGCCGAGCAGCCACGUCGCCUCCGCGCUGCCGCUCGCCUGCCAUCCGCACUCACGCGUCGCACCCACCCUCUCCGCCGCUGUCCGAGCGCAACGCCCGUCGCGAUGCCUCUCGUCUCUGGGCCGCGCCGAUCCACGUCCAGUCGCUCUGAUAGCCACCCCGGCCGGCUCCAGGCAGAGAGUGACAAUAGCGGGGGCCGUGGUGGCGGCGACGGCGGAGGCGGGGUCUGCUGAGAGCGAGGGCGACCGUGCGAUGGGUGCGCUGGUGGAGGCGGAGGGUGGCACCGCGCACGGGAGGGGGCGUAGCGAGAGCAGCGAGGGCAGCGACGGCUGGGAGGGCAGCGACGGCGGUGAGGGCAACGACGAGGGUGAGGGCGGGCUGUCGCGGAAGGAAUUGCGGAAGCGGCGGCAGGAGCGACGAUUGCGGCUGAUGGAGCCCGAGGCGGUGCAGCAGCGGAGGCGGCAGCAGGAGGAGCGCGUGAUGGCCGCCAUGGCACCGCUCAGGAAGCGCCCCGCCAACCCCGGCGGGCGCCGCAAGAAGCCGGCGCUGGAGGGAGGAGGUGACGCGGGGAAGGUGGAGGGGGCAGCUGGGGAGGCGGGAGGGGAGGAGAGAAAGGCGGAAGGAGUGGGUGGUGGUGCAGGCGAUGGGGGAGCUGAAGGGGGGGUGUUGGCAGGAGAGGUGGCAGUGGGUGGUGGAGAGGGGCAAGUGAUUGAGGCGAAGGGAAGCAUGGGCGAUGCAAUGGGGUCUGAGCAGCAGCAGGUGGAGGUGGGCGAUGCAGUGGAGGCGAUGAGGGUGCGCGGCGUGCAGUGGUGGAAGGUGGGCACGUUCCGCGGGGGCGAGUUCGAGGCGCAGCAGCAGAUCUCCGCCCUCGUGGCCCAAUACUGCCCGGGCGAGGCGUGUGAGGAUGGCCCCUCUGCUUCCUACUUCUUCCACUCACCUGCUGGCAUGCCUGCAUCUGCCGCUCUCUCUCCACUCAUUCCCCUCUCUACACAUCCCACGGCCAUGUGCUCAUGGCAGAUAUUCGUGCCGGCCAUCCGCUCGCCACAGCACGCCAGCAUAAUGCGCCGGGCAGCGGGGGCCAUGGAGGAGGGCGGCCCCCCGCCACCCCCGGGGGCGGGCAUGCAGCGCAUCGAGCCGUGUGUGCUCUACGUGCGCUGCACCAUGUCCUCCGCGCUCUACAAGCAGGUUGGCUUCACUGCAGCCUGCCCCAUCCCACCCUCCCCCGUCCCCCGUGGUGGCUCUGGAGCGAGUGAGAGGCUUCGUAGGGGAGGUGGUGGGCAAGGGGUGAGUGGAGGGCAAGGGGUGAGUGGAGGGCAAGGGGUGAGUGGAGUGCAAGGGGUGAGUGGAGGGCAAGGGGUGAGUGGAGGGCAAGGGGUGAGUGGAGGGCAAGGGGCGACUGGGGGCAUCUUUGUUCUGUUCACGGCACCCCCUACCUGCCCCCCCAGCAAGUACGGCAACAUGCUGCCGCGUGCCAUCCCGCUGGUGGAGCUGGCGGCCGUGGUGGAGCUCGUGAGGGGCAAGCAGGCCGAGGCUGACCGCCACGCACACGAGGCAGAGAGGCUCGCUGCUGCUGCACAGGCGGGGAAGAAGGGUGCAGGUGGGGCUGACACGCAGGAGGAGGAGGGGCAGUUGGAUGGUGAGGGCGAGGGGGGAGAAGCAGCGGGAGUGGUGAGCAAGGGGGCACGCAUGCGGUCGGCAGGUGUGGCGGGCGAGAUGGGAAGCCGUGCUACUCGUGGUGUUGCCGGUGCUGAUUAUGACGACGGUGAUGACGCCGAUGCUGCUGGUGCCUCUUCUAUCGCCGGCAGUGGUGGCGCUGCCUCUGGCGUGAGUUCACGGCAUGAUGACCCCAGGGCGAGCAGCAGCGGCCAUGGCAGAGGCAGAGGAAUGAGCAGUAAGGGCAGAGGCAGAUGGAGCAGAGGAGGAAGUUCAGGGAGGGAGAGCAGCGGGGAUGAGGGUUGGGGCAGCCAAGAGAGUGAGGAGGGGUGGACAUACAGUGGCAGUGGCAGUGGUGGUGGCCGUGGUGGUGGCAGUGGAAGUAGGGACACGUGGAGCAGGCGGGGGCAGAUGGAGGAGAGGUCUGCAGGGGGCGGGCAGGGCAGGGAGUCACGUGGUGGUGGCGGGAGGGGCGGGCGACAGACAUGGCGGCGAAGGGUGGAUGAGCGCGAGGAAGGGGAAGGGCGGGUGGGAGGGCCUUUUGAGGGGUUCAAGGACAGCAGCAGGUGA